CCGCAGUGUCGCCGGAGCACCUUGGCGGCUACGAGAGCGCCAAAAAGCUGCCGGGCAAUGUUCUAUGGCCGUUAUGGGCAGAAAUCGGGCACCGCGUGCGUGAUUCCAGGCGCUAACGGCCGGCGCCGGCCGUCGGGCGCUUUCUGUUCGUCUGGGUGGCAGUGCAGCCCUUCAGCAGCGCGCUGA